UCAACCUCGGGCUCAUUGCUCUUUGUGCCCUUGGCUCUUCCUCUUUCGGCUCUCGAUUUCCCCAUCUGCAUGGGGCAGGCGGAGCUGGUUAACUCUGGGCCGCCUCCCCACAGCCGCCAUUCCCGGCCCGUUAACUUGGGGGAUGGCAGGUGGGCUCGUGUGCAGCCUUUGUCCCCGGCCGAGGGGGCGUGUGCUGUGUUUUGUGCUCCUCGGGCUGGGCUGGUGAUGGGGCGCCUUUCUCUUCUCUGUAGUCCCCUGGUGGCCGGGCCCCACGGCCCCUCCCCUGCAGCAGCUGCUCCCCGGCCACCCCUCCCCGCCCCGGCAGGCUGCUGGUGCCUUUGUCUGUGCCAGGCCUGUGCAGUCGGACCCAUCGGCAGGGCCCCCUUCUUACCCGGGGAGGACCCAGCGCUCCACACCCUGUGCCCGCCUCAGCAUUCCCAGGACCUGACACCCCCAGCCUCCCGGGCCCUCUCCUGGUCCUGGGGUGCCCUGCUUUGCCUCCCCAAACCCCAUUUAUUUGGGCUUCCCAGUUCUUCAUCCACAAACAUUUCCAAACCCAUUUGGCCCUGUCUUGAGAGAGCCGAUGACCCAGUAGCUGCUUGGAGCCCGAGUCUUCCAGGGCGCACGACGUUCGUCUUCACCGACAGCCCAGACGAAGGCCUCCGGGAGAGACUGGGCUCCCACCUCGUGGUCACCAACUGCUCCACCGAGCACAGCCACCCCGCCCUGUCCUGCAAGAUGGCUGCCGAGCUGGACGCCUUCGUGACCAGCGGGCGCAGGUGGUUCUGCCACGUGGAUGACGACAACUACGUCAACCCGCGGGCUCUGCUGCAGCUGCUGAACAGCUUCCCGCAGUCCCGCGACGUCUACGUGGGCCGGCCCAGCCUCAACCGGCCCAUCCACGCCUCGGAGCCGCAGCCGCACAACCGCUCGAGGCUGGUCCAGUUCUGGUUCGCCACAGGGGGCGCUGGCUUCUGUAUCAACCGCAGGCUGGCUUUGAAGAUGGCCCCGUGGGCCAGCGGCUCCCGCUUCAUGGACACGUCUGCUCUCAUCCGGCUGCCGGACGACUGUACUGUGGGCUACAUCGUGGAGCGCAAGCUGGGCGGCCGCCUGCAGCCCAGCCCCCUCUUCCACUCCCACCUGGAGACCCUGCAGCUGCUGGGGGCGGCCCAGCUCCUGGAGCAGGUCACCCUGAGCUACGGUGUCCUCGAGGGGAAGCUCAAUGUCAUUAGGCUGCAAGGCCCCUUCUCCCCGGAGGAGGACCCGUCCAGGUUCCGCUCCCUCCACUGCCUCCUUUACCCAGAGACGCCUUGGUGUCCACAGCUGGCUGCGCAGUGAGCCCGGAGCUGCCCGCGGGGCCCGGCCGGCACUCACCCGCGAGGGCCCUGAGGGAGGCAGCCCCGGCGGGGCCCCUGGGUGCCGAGUCGGGCGGUCUAGGGGCCGGGGGUCUGGGGGAUGGCCAGAGAGGCUCCUGCGGGCCUCAGGUGGCUGAACUGACCAGGAGCUGGGCUGGGAUUGGGGGUCCUAACUCUAGAGUGUGAUGUGGGGCCGUGGGUGGGCUCUGGCCUCUGUCCCCCAAGUCUCCAGGCCACCCAGUCACUGAGGGCGCCCAGGGGGAAUCACAGCACAUGGUGGGGCUGGGGGAGCAGCCUCCCCCCCACUGCUUACAACCCCAGGCGAGGGGUCCUCAUGGGUGCUGCCCACUGGAACCACCCUUUCACUCAUUUUCCCAGCCUCCCCGGCUGUUGGGGGCUACCGCGCAACCCUGCUCUGGCUGGUGGGAACUAAGCAAAGCCCUUGGGGGGCGAUUUCUGGGGAUGGAUUUGAGUGCCAGACCUUACCUCCUACUGUGACUGUGGCUGUGAUGGCUGGCUCUGGGGCAGCCACCUUGCUGCCAUGGAGGAAAGACCCCGAUGGCCCUCUGCAGCUGUGCCCCUCAGUGUCCGGUUCUGUAAGAAAAUUAAACCCUUGUUCGUUCA